AUGUCUUCAACAAACAAGGUCUCUCACCAAGACAUCACCGCCGCCGGCCUGUCAGAAGCAGACCAGAACAUCAACAACUCCGUCGAGGACAAGAGCCACCAGGCAGCCGGCCACAAGGCGAACCUGAGCAACCCCAACACCAGCGCCGAGUCGAAGAAGCGAUCGGAGCAGGCGCUCAAGGAGUUGGGCGGCGAGCAGGCUUUUUAUGGAAAGCAGGGAAAGGGCGAGUAG